AUGGAAAGAAGAAGCAGAAAAGGGGAUUAUGGUCUCCAGAUGAAGACCAGAGGCUUAGAAACUAUAUGCUCAAGCAUGGUCAUGGCUGCUGGAGCAAUGUUUCCAUCAAUGCUGGGUCGGCCAAGUGGUCGAGAUAUCAGUUCUGUUAACUAUGGGUGGUCUCUGAUAGCACAUAAACUGCCUGGACGAACAGAUAAUGAAAUUAAAAACUAUUGGCAUUCUUAUCUAAAGAAAAAGGUGGCAAAAAUGGGUGAAACUGAAGGCCAAGGUAAAGCUGAAUGCAUGAAUUUACACUCCGAAUCUUCUUCCAUGAAGUCGAGUUUGGAAUCAUUUGAACAUAUUGAAGGACCAUUGCUGGAUUCUUGUGCACAGACAAGCAAUUUACCAAGAAUUCUAUUUGCCGAGUGGCUCCCAUUUGAUCAGUUUGUCGGCUGGGAUUCAGAUAGCCUUCCUCCAGAUACUUAUAGAAAUGCUUUAGAGAACAGUGGGUCAAAUUCUCAAGAUGUUUUCUCGCAUGAUGAUUUGCUGCUCAAUGAAGGGACGUAUGCUGGUGAAAUGCAGCCAAAUUUAAGCAGUUAUAUUGGUGAUAUGUUUCAAGAACAGUUCAAGUUUGAGCAGCAGAAAGCAGAAAGUGGAUUUGCUGAACUUUUUACUGGUGAAUUCAACAUAAACUAUGAUGUUAUGUAUAUAUAA